GUCUUCUCCGUUUCCUCCUGACUCUGCUGCUUUUCGCUGAGCUACAUCGGCCGAGCCAAACGCAUACCGAAACUACAUACCAUAUGAUGCACUGAGGGUGGUUUUUAAUAAAGACCACCCGCUAUGCAGUGCUGGUCUCCGGCGCGCGGCUUGUAGGUAUCUGUUUGGCAGGAUAGACGGAGUCUAGAUAUCAGGAAGCUGAAGAAAAGAGAACUGUGAGAGCAGUCAGACAGGAGGCCACGGUUCCCCCUCACACACAUACAUACAUCACCACGGCCUUGAUGGUGAUGUAUGCAAGGAAACCAGCAAGAGUCAGCGAUGGGUGCAACGACAGAAGGGAUUCACAAUCCUAUCAGACCCAUAAAUCUCAGCCAAAGAGCCAGUCCAGCAGCCUUCACCGUUAUGACAAGGUGCGUGAUGGCUCAUCAGACCCCACGCCCCCGUACAAGAUGCUGCGACGCUCUGAUGAAAGUCCUGUCAGCAGACACGGCGAUGGCCCAGGACAUGGCAAGGCAAAGACCUCUCACACAGUUAGAGGAAAAAAUGGGACCAGCGGCUCUCCUCAGGAGAACACUCACAACAACAGCUCCCACCAUGCCUCCGACUCACAUGCGACUCAGAGCAAGCCUGCAGACAGGGACCCAGCAGAUGACUGGACAGAACACAUCAGCUCCUCUGGGAAGAAGUACUACUAUAACUGUAGAACUGAGGUCUCCCAGUGGGAGAAACCCAAGGACCUGUUGGAGAGGGAACAACGACAGAAAGACUCAGUCAAGAUGGCAGCGAACAGUUUCCCCAGGGACAUGGACUACAGACAAGAGGCCUUGCAGGACAAAGCCACAAUGAAGACCACAUCAGGGGACCAGUCCACAGCAUCCAACUCCGGCCAUUCCUCCUCUUCCUCCUCUUCUCAGAGCCUGAACUCUGCUCCUGGGGCUUUAGGUUCCACCCCCUCCACCAUGUCCUCUUCCACCUCUUCCUCCUCCUCCUCGGGGCAGGUGCCCCAGUCAGUCCAGUCUCCUUCACCAGCGCUGCUGCAGGACCCGGCUCUGCUGCAUCAGCUCCUCCCGGCGCUGCAGGCUACUCUGCAGAUGAACAAUGGCAGUAUGGACAUGGCGAAGCUCAAUGAGGUCUUGGCAGCUGCUGUCACCCAAGCUUCCUUGCGGUCUGUGCUUCAUAAGCUCCUCACUGCUGGACCUGCUUUCAACGUCACUGCUCUGCUCUCAGCUGCUCAGCACUCCAACCAAGCUCAGCACUCCAGUCAGUCGCCCGUCUCUCUGACGUCGGAUGCAUCAUCACCACGACCAUACGUCUCGCCACGGAACGGCACACCACAGAGCAACCAGAAAUCUCUCCUGGGCCUGCACCCUGGCAGCAUCACAUCCUCACAAACAAGGGGCAGUAUGUCUUCAGGUAAACAAGGACCAGUCCCCCUUUCUCAGAGCGCAGAGAAGCGUCCAGAGGACCCCAGAACUCUCCAGCAGAGAAGCCAGGAGAUUCUGUGCACGGGAUCAAACAUAUCUGGUGCGGCCUUGCCCCACGUCCCCUCCAGCAGCACCAGCCAAACCCAGGCCGACGACCCCGGCUCCUUCACCCCCACCCUGGCAGCUCAUUUUGAUGAGAACCUCAUCAGACAUAUCCAAGGAUGGCCUUCAGAGAACACUGAGAAACAGGCGGCUCGGUUGCGUGAGGACAUCCACAACAUGGGCAGCUUGUACAUGUCUGAGCUCUGCACGGAGAUGAAAAACCUGCGCUCCCUGGUCAGAGUGUGUGAAAUUCAGGCCACACUGAGAGAGCAGAGAAUCCUGUUCCUGAGGCAGCAGAGCAAAGAGCUGGACAAGCUGAAGAACCAGAACUCGUACAUGGUGUGAGGAGCCGAGCAGAGAAGAAAGGACUGGGAGGGUUGGAUUCAAAUAAUUAUUAAAAAGAGGAAUAGACAUGGACAGCGAGCUGCCACAUUCUGUUUAUUCUCCCUAGUAAAACAAGUGAGACAAGCUGUUAGAAGACAAAGGAGACGGCGGCUGACGAGGUGAAGCUCCAUCAUCCCGAACAUGUCUUUUUUUUCUUUCCCUUUUUCAAGAAAUCUGUUUUUCCAGCGUCCGCCACACGAAUUUCUCGCGCCGAAAGGUGAAACUUGACGGUUCACUGGCUCGGACACUUAAACUAGUGGACAUAGAGGAACUGAGGCUCUUUUCAAACAGCACCUUUUUUCGGACUGUGAACCUUGGAUUGUGUGUAUUGUGUUGGGUUAACUUGUUUUCCAGUGUGUUUUUGAUGUGUAGUGGUCAGGAAAAGAUUACAAUUCAUUCCUGGGAAAAAUCAACUAAAACAAAACCAUCUCAUGAUAAUUGGUGUGAUGCAGCUCUGAGGAGGGCUCGGAUGAACUCAUUCGCUCCGCGGGCUUCUGAAAACGGACUUUGUCAUGCAUUGAAAUGUAUGGAUUCAAUGGCAGUGAUGUUACUAAUGUUAUUUUCUAUUCACUAUACUUGUCAGUGGUUUUCGCCAUCCCAGUGUGUCUUCGAGCUGGUUGGUUUUACAUGUCAUGAGAUUAGCGAAGACCUUCAGCCAGAAAAUACUUUUAUGUGCUUCACUUGUUUUCGUCCCAGUUGAGGGGAAAUCUGCGUUCCGGUUCAAAUUCACUAGGAAAUUAUGGCUAGUUAUGUCAGAAACACUCCAGACGUUUCAAAGCCAUUUGGAAAAAUAAAGAGCCUACAUUAUUGGACCUAGGUUGGCUGCUAGUACAUAUGGGGUUAUAUUCAUUUGUAGCCCUGCUGGCCAUUUUCUUAUUCCUUCUGCUGUUUGUCUUUUUCUUUUUGGUAUGAUUGUCGACAUUUUGUUUCUCUCCCAAGUCUCUUUGGGGGAAUAUUUCAUUCCUUUUGUGUAGCUUAGCAAUAGAGAAAAAGAAAAAGUGACUAAAUUUACAGUCACCAAGCUAAAUUAUUGUCAUACAUGAUUGAUUACGUCCUUGUAGUCAUAACAGAAAAGAUCAAUGGAAAGACGAUUUAUUUUUUCAAAAAGGAAACCCUACGUUCAAGCUCAUAAUUUCUUUUUUUUUUUUUUUCAGUUCUUAACACCCUUUUA